GAAAUCCAAACAACGGGUAAGGGCCGUGUAAACCAAAAAAAGCGACAUAAAUUGUUUCAAAUUCACUUCUUGUUUUCACUUUCUCUACACCUGGCAGAUCCAUUCUCCUUUCUACAUAACUGCAUCUCCACUUUUUUAACUCUUUAUUUCUCAUAAUAAUUCUUGAUUUUUAUUUUGUGUAUUGUAGCUCUAUGCAAUUUUCCCUUUGUGGGUUUUGUUCUUUGUGAGAUUUUGGGUUAUGGGUAUUGACUAGAUUCUUAUAGUAUAAUUUUUAACCCAAAUUCUUGAUUUUUAUUUUGUGUAUUUUAACUCUAUACAAUUUUCUCUUUGUUGGUUUUGUUUUUGGUGAGAUUUUGAGUUGUUGGUAUUGACUAGAUUUUUAUAUAAUGUCAGCAAUCAAGAAUACAGGCCAAUUCUUUACAAUUGGGUUAGUAACAGCUUGGUAUUCAUCAAACAUUGGGGUUUUAUUAUUAAACAAGUAUUUACUAAGUAAUUAUGGGUUUAAAUAUCCAAUAUUUCUUACUAUGUGUCAUAUGACAGCUUGUUCUUUACUAAGUUAUGUAGCUAUUGCUUGGAUGAAAAUGGUCCCAAUGCAAACUAUAAGAUCUAAGGUUCAGUUUUUAAAGAUCUCUGCUUUAAGUCUUAUUUUUUGUACUUCUGUUGUUAGUGGAAAUAUAUCACUUAGAUACUUGCCAGUAUCUUUCAAUCAAGCUAUUGGUGCUACUACACCUUUUUUCACUGCUGUAUUUGCUUAUUUGAUGACAUUGAAGAGGGAAGCAUGGCUGACUUAUGUCACAUUAAUUCCAGUUGUUACCGGGGUUGUUAUCGCCAGCGGGGGUGAACCAAGUUUUCAUCUAUUUGGAUUCAUAAUGUGUGUCGGUGCAACAGCUGCAAGAGCACUCAAGUCAGUGCUUCAGGGGAUUUUGCUGUCUUCUGAAGGUGAGAAGCUGAAUUCCAUGAACCUUCUACUCUAUAUGGCUCCUAUAGCAGUUGUGUUUCUAUUGCCGGCAACACUUUUGAUGGAAGAAAAUGUAGUUGGCAUCACAUUGGCACUUGCAAGAGAUGAUAGUAGAAUCAUCUGGCUUUUGCUAUUCAAUUCCGCCCUUGCAUAUUUUGUAAAUCUGACCAACUUUCUGGUGACAAAACACACCAGUGCACUAACACUUCAGGUCCUGGGAAACGCAAAAGGGGCUGUAGCUGUUGUCAUCUCAAUCCUAAUAUUUAAAAAUCCUGUAUCAGUUACAGGGAUGCUUGGCUAUGCGCUUACAGUUUGUGGAGUCAUACUCUAUAGUGAAGCGAAAAAACGUAGUAAAUGAACAUCGAAAAUCAUCCACUUGUGACGUUUAAAAUUAAUUGUUUGUUCAAGAAAUGGUUCAACUUUCAUGAGGCAAGUCAGAUCAUGCUUGUUGCAGUUGGUGCCACGGAUUUUUUCCCUCAAAUUUGUAUCUUUUGCUCGGAAACUUGUGAAACAGGGUUCCAUCUAUAUCAGCCAAGAGACAAGAAUAGGCUGAAUAGCAAGUCUUAAAGAAGUGACUUGAUUUGUCUAUCCAUUCUUCCCUGGCUUGGGUAGUAUAGAUAUCUUUUGUCUUUAUUCUUUCAGAAAGAUUGUAAAAUUGAGACUACACAAUAUGUUACUACAGUUGUCAAAUUGAUUUAUUAAUGAAAAGGAUCUCAAAACUAGAAAUUUAUUAA